AUGAUACUAUCAGUACCCCCACACGUAGAUAUUCAGAGUCAUUUUUCCAGUGAGGAGCAGAUGGUUUGUUUGCUGAACUGGUUCUGCAAGGUAUUUGCGACCAAUACCCGCACAGUAACGUCUUAUGUCCAGCACAACAUUGACACUGAUGACUCUCACCCUAUCUCUGGGUCACCACAUUGA